GUAUCAAUCCAGUGGACAGUGGAAGCACCCAGACCCAAGGCGAUUACUGGGUGUCGGCGAUACUGGUACUCUUGCUACGUUGCACCUCGCUUUAUUGGUAUUUAUAAACGUCAAAAUAAAUAUUUGUUAUUUAGUCAAUUUUCACUCCGUAAAACAAUAAUGUGCUCGAAGAAUAACCAACGUAUUAAAUAAUCACAAAACCACAAUAUGAUGCAGUUCAUGCUUUUAUUUAGCCGUCAGGGCAAACUGAGACUACAGAAAUGGUACGUCGCUCACCCUGAUAAGCUGAAAAAGAAAAUAACAAGGGAACUCAUAACAACUAUUCUUAGUAGAAAGCCAAAAAUGUGUAGCUUUUUAGAGUGGAAAGACUUGAAAAUUGUGUACAAACGAUAUGCAAGUUUGUACUUUUGCUGUGCAAUCGAGCAGGAUGAUAAUGAACUUCUGACCCUCGAAAUCAUCCACAGAUACGUUGAACUGCUUGACAAAUAUUUUGGAAGCGUUUGCGAGCUUGAUAUAAUAUUCAAUUUUGAGAAAGCUUAUUUCAUAUUGGAUGAGCUGUUGCUUGGAGGUGAGAUACAAGAAACAAGUAAGAAAAACGUACUUAAAGCUAUCGCUGCUCAGGAUCUUCUUCAGGAGGAGGAGGCAAUAGAAGGCGCACUACGUGAGAUAGGACUCCUCUAAAUAAAAGCUUGACAUCCAUCUCUCAACAUAAUUAUUAGCAUAGUUAUUCGAGUUCUUCCUUUUAAUUAGGAUUAAGAAACUCAUUUCAGGGGAAAUAUCAAAAAGAUUUUUAAAAUUAUUUUUUAUUAAAUCAUAGUAUGUACCUGUGUAUUUUAACUGAGUUAAUGAAUGCAUGGAACAAAAAGAGAAUAAAAAAUUGUAUUAUCUCUUUAUUUUGAUUGCAAAAUGAUUGCUUACAAACAAUCGACAUCAAUAUUUCAACAUUCAUUUUGAAUUAUUUCAAAGCUUUAUUGUUAAUUAACAAAGUCUACAGCUUUUUUUAAUUAAACGUUAAACUCAUCUUUUGUUGUGAUUAAUGCUUAUUGUAAAACAAACUUUAAUACUCGUAUCGCUAAACUCAAGAUCUUGUGAUGUCUCGUUGAAAAGAAAUAUUUAUUAUAAUGCCUAUCCUUGCUAUUUUGAUCUGUCAGACUCAACUUCUUCGGCGUUGGUCUUUGUGUCACAAAGCAGCAAUGAUAAGCAAACCAGGUUGAUUGGCUAUCGAAAAAAUAUUGCACUAAGAUAAUUAUUUACAGAUACUAUUUUUUUGUACAAAUGUGUACAUACAAAAAUAUACAAUUCUAGUUCACCUUUUGUAUGGUAAACAUACAGAGAUGUACAUAAUCGUUAAAAUAGUCUUGAAAGAAUUUCUUUUUAAAUUUAAUGAGGUGGAUGGUUUUUUAUAUUGCACCAUGUAUUUAUAGUUUUCUAUUGUUGCCUACAUUGUUUCAUAUUAUUAUUAUUAGAAGCUUAAUUCUUAAUUAUCUUCUUGAAAUUGAACAUUAAUUCCUUGGCCAGAAUACAGUACUCAUAGAUAAAUUUUUAAACAUUAAUGUGUCAUUAGAUUACAGUUUACUUUUUUAAGGAAUUUUUUUGUAAAAGAACUAAGCACUGGCAUCAUAAGCAUAAACUCUUGAGUUUUCUUUAGCAUAAUCUUUGAAAUUUUAAAAUUACAACCUUUUUCUUUGCCAAUGAAGUCUCUUAAGAUUUGUUAUAUUUAAUUAUUUAGUAAAUGCUUUGUAAGUAUGUUAUGUACGUUUUAUAUUACAAUAUGAAAUGUACUGUUGUUUAAAGUCAGUUUAAAAUAUUUAUGGAUUGAUUGUAAAUGUAAAUUUUUAAUUUCCACCUUACAUUCUUUUAUUAUGUUGAACACUUCCCUGGUGUGUAUAUCAUUCUUCUGGAAAUAAACAUAAAACAAAUGAUAUCACCAAUGUAAACAUUAAGUGUAAAACAUGCGGGCAUCACUUGGUCUUUCAUCACCACAGGCGCUAAUUUUGCACGAUUUGAGAUAUUUAGGGAACUUUGUUGAUUUAAAGUAUUCAGACUUUGCUGUGUUGUUUCAGAUAACUUGCUGUCACCCGUCAUUGUUUUCAUUUGUUGAAUAAUGUGAUAUUCUUGCACAAUGGUGUUUAUUAUGUGAUGUAUUGUGAUAAUAAAAUGCCUAGGUUUUUUACUAUUGUCAAAUGUAGAGGGAGGGGGACAAAAUGAGUGAUUUAUUCAUUUCGGCGAGUAGUUCAUUUUUGAGGGUUUUUUUUAAGGGAAGUUCAGUUUUUUAAGGGACCAUUGAGACCAUAUUUACUCAGAUAUGACAUCCAUUCGUUAAAAUAAUUUGUUGAAGUGAUAAUGUCACGUUUUAAUGAAAAGCUGUAGACUUUAAUGGCACAUUUUAAAAUGCAUCAAACACAUGGUAACUUAGGCACAAAGCCGAGGCAAGAGAAUCUUUUUCAAUAGCACAUUAGAUCCACAGAAGAGCAAUCUUGAAUCUAGUCUUGAAUAUUUGAUUUAGAGAAUGGUUUUUUUGUUUGUUUAAUCGAAGCACUUUCACACAAUUCACAGUACUCGAUU